CUUAUUUACAUAGGACCAGGCUUUAGAAAAAAAUCCCUCAAAAAAAAGUUCGAGAAACUUUUUUCAAUUCAGGUUGGAGAUUUUGGACCGUACCAAAUACUGUUCUUCUUCAUCAUAUGUCUUCCGGCAAGCCUACCUUCUGCUUUUUCUGCAUUCAAUCAGCCGUUCGUAGUCGGAUCUCCACCUCAUCAGUGUCGGCUUCCUCCUGGUCGUGAUGACCUCAAACCCGAGGAUGCUGACACGGAUGUUCUGAAAUGUUUCCAAUACAAUCAAACGCAGGUUGACUUCUACCGAUCAUUCACUUCGUCACCUAUUAGUAACUUCAGGGAUGAAAUCACCUUGGUUCCGUGUCAGUCAGGAUGGGAAUUUGAUAACACCACGUAUCUGGAUAUAAGUUCCACCGGAAUUGGAAGUUCUUUCACUUUACGUCCACAGUUUCACACUCCGCAUAGCCCUCUUGAGAGCCAUUACAGAUCUGGUCGGCGUCGCAGCUUCUUCAUUAUCCUCGCUUCCUUGGUUAUUUUCGGGACGGCAAAUGCAUUUGUACAGAACAUCGAAUCCUUCAUAGUUCUUCGCUUUCUCACAGGACUGCCUUUUCCCGCAUUGUUCCAGAUCCCAUUCAUUAUAUGCAUGGAGUUUAUGGGCAAAUCAGGACGAAUCUUCUCUGGACUCAUGAUCUCGCUUUUCUUUGGGGCUGCUAUGGCUUUACUUGGCGUUGUUGCCAUGUUUAUCAGGAGGUGGCGUCAGCUGACAUUCUUCUGCAACGCUCCGUUUGCUGUGCUUUUCUGCUAUUACUUGUGA